GGCCGGCAGGGGGUGCCAGGCAGGGGGGCUGCCAGGGGCGGCCAAAGGAAGGCCCGGCAAGAGGUCGCCCGCCAGGCAGGCAGGCAGGCAGGCAGGCAGCCAAGCUCGGCGCGCCCGGGCCCGUGCGCAAUUGCGCUGCGCUCUGGAGAGGCGCCGCCGUCGCCGCCGCCCCCUCCUCGGUCGAUGCUGGCUGCCGGGCCCGGCGGAGGCUGGUCGGGGUUGGGCAAGGCCUUUCCCCGGGCCGGGAACGCCGAGGCAGAAGCGCCGCCCUCCGCUGAGCCCCCGGGGCAGGCUGCUCCCCAGGGGCGGAGGAGGCAGCCCGGAAAAGCCGUCCGCCGGCAAUCGAGUCGGCUUUCGGUUCCACGUCUGCCGCAGCCCGGCCCCCCGCGCACCCCGCAGGGCUCUGGAGCCAGCCUUCCCAGCCGGGGCCCCGAUCCCGGGCGGGUUUGCUCGGAAUCCACUCCCCUCCUCCGGGACAUCUGUGGCGCUCCCCUUCCCCCCCCCUGACGUGGUGCUUCCCAGGGGAAAAGCUGGUCACUGGAGGAUGUUGGGAGCUACGAAGAAGUGAGAUCAAGUAUAAACAUCAAGUAUAAACAUCAGCUACGGGCACUGAACUCCUUCGAACUCAAGGCAAAUAUAUGGCCGAUAAGACCUUAAAAGGAUGUGGGUGUUUCUCCGACUGUUCCUAACUCUGACUGUUCUGGGCGCUUGCUCCUUCCUUUACUUCUUGCUCUGCCCUCACUUCUGCACGGCGCUGUGUUGGCUCAGCUGUCAGCGCUCCGAAGAACCAGAAGGACGUUUGCCAGCAGUGUCCGAGUCUGUCGAGUUUGAGGGCUACGUCAGUGUUCCUGAUGGCAAGCCGUUGGUUCGAAACCCGUGCCGUCAGUGCGCUGUGGUCUCCAGCUCAGGGCAGAUGUUGGGUUCUCACUCGGGGAAGGAGAUUGACGGCAAAGAGUGUGUCCUGCGUAUGAACCAGGCCCCCACGCAAGGCUAUGAGGACGACGUAGGUGCCCGGAGCACCCUCCGGGUGGUUUCCCACACCAGUAUUCCCUUGCUGCUAAAGAACCAGUCCUACUUCUUCAAACAGGCCCGGGACACCGUCUACGUCAUUUGGGGGCCUGCGAAACUGAUGAGCAGAGAGAAGCUGGGCAUGGUUUACAGGACUCUCGUCAAGGUGAAGGAGAUGUACCCCAGCCUACAGCUCUACAUACUGACUGAAAGGAUGAUGGCUUACUGUGAUGACCUCUUCCAGGUUGAGACAGGGAAGGACAGAAUGAAGUCCGGAUCCUUCUUGAGUACCGGCUGGUUCACCAUGGUCUUGGCAAUGGAGAUGUGUGAGCAGAUCUUUGUCUUUGGCAUGAUCAAUGAAAGCCACUGCAGAGACAAGAGCCAGCCUCCUGUGCCUUACCAUUACUUUGAGAAGGGCCGGCUGGAUGAAUGCAGGAUGUACCUGGCGCACGAGAGAGCCCCACGCGGGGGGCACCGUUUCAUCACAGAGAAGGCUGUCUUUUCUCGCUGGGCCAAGAAAAGGAACAUUGUCUUCACUCAUCCUUCAUGGCCAGGUGGCUAGCAGGGGACUUCUGGCUACCGGACACGGUUGCGGCUUGGAAAGCUGUGCCUGUUUGCGAGUGGCGCCCUUGUGGUUUCCUGCGGAGCCAUGCCAACAGAGUUGCUCAAGUUGAAGUGCCCCCAGAAGGGAGAGAGUGAAGAGGAAGGGUCUUUGAGGACAAAGCGGCCACCUUGAGAAGGUCUCUCCCUGGGUUUACUCCACUGACUGUUGUCCUAGUACUGAACCAGGAUUAAUAUAAUUGUGGGUUUUAUAGAGACCUGUGCUGGGCACAUAGUAGGCCUCUGUGUUUUAAAGCUGUGUUUGUUUGGGGGGGUUUUUUGGUUCUAUCUAUGGAUUCAACCUUCCCAAAAGGGAGGCAGGAAGCUCCCCCGCCCCACAAUUCUUCAAAGGAUCUUGCAGGCACAUUUUAAAAAAUUCGUUCAAGGUGUGAUAGAGAGCCUGAUCUGCACAGACUACUACAGAAUGAGCUGGUGGAGUCUGGGGUUGGUAGAGUGGAUAAUACCACUUCUGUGCCUCUGUCUGUACAUCUAAAAACUGAGUGAAAAUAGUAAAACCAACAUGCCACAGA